UCGCUGGGGCGAAUAAAGCGAUAUCGUGCCUGGAUGCGGGCGCGUGAUAGCAACUGAAGUCGCGUCCCCAGCUGAAGGCGAUUGCCACCAGGACGCUUUGCGGCGAGUAAAUGCGCCAAGAGCGCGCCUCACCGCCAAAGCCUGCCAGGGACCGACCACGUUUUGCUGCCACGAAACUCAACACCACGCUCACUCCACUGCAGCGCUUAACGACCGCCUCACGCACUCGCUCUCCUCAAUCGAUCAAUCCAUCCGCCGUGCACUCGAGACUGCCAUCAUGGCCUCCCUGCAGCCCCCUUCCCUGCGACCCAAGGGAAGCAAUUCCCCGUCGACUAAAGCAGUAAUCUUGGUUGGCGGGCCUUCCAGAGGUACCCGCUUUAGGCCGCUGUCCAUGGAACUGCCCAAGCCACUGUUCCCUGUUGCAGGCCACCCCAUCAUCGAGCAUUGCUUAGUCGCCGUCGCAAAGGUCACGGAGAUCAAGGAGGUCUUCAUAGUGGGCUACUACGACGAGACUGUCUUCCGCGAGUUCAUAAACUAUGCUUCCAAUGCCUUCCCGCAGCUCAGCAUCAAAUACCUCCGCGAGUACCAGGCCUUGGGCACGGCAGGGGGUCUAUACCACUUCAGAGAUGUCAUACUCAAAGGAAGGCCCGAGAGAUUCUUCGUGCUGAACGCCGACGUCUGCUGUUCGUUCCCGCUGCUUGAGAUGCUCAAGCUGUUCGAGGACAAAGAGGCAGAGGCCGUGAUGCUGGGCACGCGGGUUGCCAACGAGGCCGCCUCCAACUUCGGCUGCAUUGUCUCUGAUGCACACACCAAGCGAGUGCUCCAUUAUGUCGAGAAGCCCGAGUCCCACAUCUCCAACCUCAUCAACUGCGGUGUAUACCUGUUCUCCACCGAGUGCAUCUUCCCCGCCAUCCGCAGUGCUAUCAAGCGUCGGACAGAACGCCCCCGAUUGCUGUCCUAUCCCUCCUCGGAGAACCUUGAGUCCUCCUUCUACCAGGGCGAAGACGACGAAGACAAGGAGAACCAGGUCAUUCGUCUCGAGCAAGACGUGCUCUCGGAUAUUGCCGACAGCAAAGAGUUCUUCGUCUUGGAGACCAAGGACUUCUGGCGCCAGAUUAAGACUGCGGGCUCUGCGGUACCUGCUAAUGCCUUAUACUUAAUGAAGGCUUUCCAGGCCAGCUCAGAAGAGCUUGCGACGCCCUCCGCAAACAUCAUUCCUCCGGUCUUCAUUCAUCCCUCUGCUCACGUUGACCCGACUGCCAAGCUCGGCCCGAACGUUUCGAUUGGCCCGCGUGCUCAUAUAGGAGCUGGUGUUCGCAUCAAGGAGUCUAUCGUGUUGGAGGACGCCGAGAUCAAGCACGACGCUUGCGUGCUGUACACCAUCGUUGGCUGGCACAGCAAGAUCGGCUGCUGGGCUCGCGUGGAGGGAACCCCGACUCCCAUUACCAGCCACACAACCAGCAUCAUCAAGAAUGGUGUCAAGGUCCAGAGCAUCACCAUUCUGGGUAAAGAGUGCGGGGUUGGCGAUGAGGUUCGCGUCCAGAACUGCGUCUGUUUGCCAUACAAGGAAUUGAAGAGGGAUGUUGCCAACGAAGUCAUUAUGUGAGUCACGCAAAUGUUAGUAUGAUAAUACCACGGAAUGGCAUACGAAAGGAACUGCAUCUUUUGCGAUUGUAACUACGGUGUUCAUGCUUAGAGCGAGUUGCUGGGC